AUGAAAAAACGAGUUGAAAAAUCCUCCAAGGAGAAAGUGGACAAGGCGGAUUCUGUGACCGACGAAGAACCACCUAAAACCGCAGAUGAUUACCAGUGUUCAGGAAAUCUGGAGCAGGACUUCACAAAACUGUGUAAACUCAUGGGUGUGAAAGACAUCCCUUCUGUGAAGAUAAAGCAGUCAUCAUCCUUAGAAAGUAAAAUGACAACAUGGUCCUCUAAGCCUUGCCUCCGGAUAGAGCUGGAGAACGAAGACCACGGCAGUGUAAAGGAAGUCAAAAUAUCUGGAUGGAAGAUGGAUGAGGUGGUGCUUCAGGUGUUGAGCAGGAUAUUGCCGUCCCUUAGUAACUUACAGUGCUUACACAUGUGGCGUGUGGGCCUGACGGAUUACACUUUCAUCUCCAUGAGAAACACAGUGUCUUUGUGCUCAAAUCUCAGGAAAGUGGUUUUGGAGGGCAAUCCACUCCCUGAGCAGAGUUACCACUUACUCAUAGCAGAAGACAGCAUGUUGACGGACUUAUCACUACGUAAUAAUCAUAUAGGAGAGGAAGGAGCUUGUCUGAUUGGCUCGGCUCUGUCCACUGUACACUCUGCCAACAAAAACCUCCUGUCCCUCAACCUAGCCUUUAAUAGUAUUGGUGAUGCAGGUGCGAUUCACAUUUCUCAGGGUCUGCGUCUCAACCGUUCCUUGCUGUGUCUGUCAUUAUCCUACAAUCAAAUAGGGGAUAAUGGAGCAGCUCAUUUGGCUGAGGUGCUUGGCCCCUUUGCUCUGACACAUGAGGAGAUAGUUGAAAGGAGGAAGUUGUUAAUUAAAGGUGAAGAAUCAACAAUGGUCCAGCCAUCUCUGGUUAGUCUUGCAGACUCACAUGAGCGGCCUCUUUCCGUCCGCAGCAGCUCUUCACUGGAUCGCCUCAACAAGAGUACAAAGAACCCCACCAAAAAGAAGGACAACCCUAAGAAAGAGGAGAAACCAGCAGCAGGUCAGGCAGCAAAAAAAGAAGAGCCAAAGGUGGCCAAGAAAGAUAAUAAAGUUCCCCGUAUUCAGGCUGGAAAAUUAGCAGGCAAAGACAACAAUCUGCUAGUAUCUGACCAAGAGGACACAUUUGUUUGUCAGAGAGUGGACGUGGUUGAGACUGUGAUUCGUCUAUUGGAUCCUGGAAUCGUGCACGCUGGAGGGAAAGUCAUUCAUCCGGGAAACACAUGCCUUACUUCUCUGAAUCUCUCAGGAAAUAAAUUGUCUGAGCAGUCACUCAAGGUGUUCCUCUCAUCUCUGGAAGGCCAGGGUGAAGGUGGACUUCUGCGUCUUUCUCUCAAUAGGAAUCAGUUUCCCUCAGAUUGUGACACCUUCCUGAAGAUACAAGAAAUCAUGUCCCUCAGGGACCCUCUUAAGAAAACCCUCUCUGGUCAGGUGGAGGAUGAACACGGUGAGCCCAAGACCACCAAUGAAGCCUAACAGAAUGACAAGAAGGGUUUAAUAUUUGCAAUUUAUAUGAAAGAUUAAUAUAUGCAUUUACUGCCUCAA